AUGGACCAAGGCUCGAUUCUGCUCGACAAGGACGGCAAAAGGAAGCACACGAGGCCGACGUUUUCCGGCCAGCAGAUCUUCGCGCUGGAAAAGACUUUUGAGCAAACGAAAUACUUAGCGGGCCCCGAAAGAGCGAGGCUCGCCUACUCGUUGGGAAUGACGGAGAGCCAAGUCAAGGUGUGGUUCCAGAACCGGCGCACCAAGUGGCGCAAGAAACACGCGGCCGAGAUGGCCACGGCCAAGAAGAAGCAGGACUCGGAGACGGAGCGGCUGAAGGGCGCCUCGGAGAACGAGGAGGAGGACGACGACGACUACAACAAGCCGCUGGAUCCCAACUCGGACGACGAGAAGAUCACGCAGCUGCUCAAGAAGCACAAGACCGGCGGCGGGACCGGCGCCCUCCUGCUCCACACGGCGUCGGAGAACGAGGGCUCCUCUUAGGCGGCCACAGGGGGGCGCUCGCGUCCCCGGCGCUUGCGCUCUCCUCGGACACACGUGUACAGAUCUAUUUUUCUAUCGACCGGGACGAGGACUGGCGAGGAGUUCCGAAGGCGGUGCUCUUCCUUGGCGGCUCCUCCGGCAGGCGGUGGCCCUCGGCGGACAGUUGUGCUCUCCCCCCCCCACCCCAGUCCGGAGACCUUUCCUUCCUAG